UCCCGUCUGCACUGCGCGCCGCCCGGCUAAAGUGUUUGUACCCGCGCCUCAACAACAGCCUCGCAGCGUCCUUUCGUCGUCGCGGUCCUGGGCUUUCCGGAGUCCCGUUCAUGGUUCAUGUCGUGCGCGUCCCUCCAGGGUCCCUCCAGGAUCACGGCGGCAAUGCGCGCGCGCCACUAGUGGGCCACACGGCCGGCAAGUAGGAAGGCAGGCAGCCGGCGCGCCGCGUUUCGUUUGAAUGCUGCCGACGCGGUCCGGAAAAAGAGAGCCCAGCGUGAAUCGCGAAUGUGCCGUCGGUGACACGAGGACCGGCACGGCCUAGCACGGCCCUGCAGAGCGGCCACAGUGGACGACAGCGCCGCGCGCCCCUCCGAGCCUCCGACCUUGAUGUGCCGCGAGUGAAUCCUUGUCCGAGUGAAGUGUCAGUGAAAGUGCAACUGCCGCGGUGCAGCGGCGUCGCGCGUCCUGGUCGAGCACAAGCAGCCCUCCGCCAUGGAUGAGGAGGACAGCAACCCGAUGGGGACCAAGUCCCCCAUCAAGCGGCUCGGCUCGACGCGCAAGCAGGUGUUCUUCAACAAUGUCCGCGUGCAGCUGGGCGAGCAGCUGCGCUGCCUGGACGGCCGCCUGGAGACUCAGGUGGCGCUCGUGCAGGAGCUGCAGGACUACUUCCGGCGGCGCGCCGAGGUGGAGCUGGAGUACUCGCGCGGCCUGGACAAGCUGGCCCGGUCGCUGACCAUGCGCCACAAGGAGCAGAAGCUGAAGCGCGAGCAGUGGCCGCUCUUCUCGUCAUACUCGUGCUGGCAGCAGCUCGUCACGAGCACCCGCACGCUGAGCCGCGACCACGCCAGCCUGGCCGACGUGUACACGACGCAGCUGGUGCCGCGGCUGGCGCGCGUGGCCGAGGACGUGCAGCGCAUCUACCGGCGCUGCCGCGAGGUGGGGCAGGAGCUGCACGACGAGAUUCUGCGUGUGCUGCACGAGCUGCACACCACCAUGAAGACGUACCACUGCUACCAGGGCGAGAUGCGCGCCGCCGAGGGCAAGCUGCGCCUGGCCGAGGCCCAGCGCGUCAAGCUGGAGCAGAGCAUCUCGGCCGAGAAGCUGCCCCGCUCCAAGAAGUACCGCCUCAUCGAGAAGGAGGUGCAGAAGCGGAAAAACAAAUUCAAUGACGCCAGUCUUAAGGCUCUGAAAGCCAGGAAUGAAUAUGUGUUAUGCCUUGAAGCAGCCAACACAACAAUUCAUAAAUAUUUUGUUGAUGACUUGUCUGAUCUUAUAGAUUGUAUGGACUUUGGCUUUCACCAAUGUGUGACCAGAGCAUUACUCUUACACAUGUCCCUCGAGGAAGGAAGAAUUAGAUCAUCACAGCUGCAGUCUGAUCAGCUUAAUUCAUGUAUCAAUUCUCUAGAUUCUCGAUUAGAUAAGCAAAGAUUUUUGGAAAGUAAUCAUACAGCUUUUGUUAUACCCAAGAAAUUUGAGUUCCAAGGCUUACGAAGUGAUGAGUUGGUUACUGUUGACAAUGACUUACUACCAGCCUUAAAAGAUGAGUUAAAAGCAAGACUGUAUCAACUUACCAAUCGUAUAAUGAGCCUUAGAGCAGAGUCGGAAGAAGUAUGGAAGACCUUAGAAACUGCAGAAACUACUUUAUUAGCAAUGAUCACAGCCAAAGAUUAUGACUGUUCAGCACUCUUCACUGGAAGUGCAGACAUCACUCCUACACCGCCAACCCGUCCGCCUGAAACGGUAGCAAUAAAAAUGCGUGCUGAUCGUCAUGAGACUGAAGAGUUUUAUCUGUCUAAAUUUAGAGAAUACCUUUUGGGCACCAGCCGAAUAGCAAGACUGGAUUCUAAGCAUGAACACAUUCGUCAGACACUCGUUAGUAGUGGAGAAACCAAUGAGAAUAUGCCAUCAGUCAACCUCAACAUGAGUCUUACAACAAAUCAAAAUGGACAACCAAACAGCACAAAGCCAAUUCGUAGAAAGCGCAUUGGCCGGCUGCAGAUGAAUGGGCAGCCUAAAUUGUUUGGCGGAUCCCUUGAAGAAUACUUAGAGAUGUCAAACCAAGACAUACCCCUUAUUGUGAAAAGCUGCAUUAGAGUCAUCAAUUUAUAUGGUCUUCACCAUCAAGGCAUUUUCAGAGUGUCUGGAUCACAAGUUGAAAUAAACAAUUUCCGGGAAGCAUUUGAGAGGGGGGAAGAUCCACUAGCAGACACAACUGAUGCUAGUGAUAUAAACUCUGUUGCUGGUGUCCUCAAACUGUACCUCAGAGAACUGAGAGAACCUCUUUUCCCCAUUGUGUACUUUGAACUUUUUAUGGAACUUGCACAACUAGAUUCUAAAGAGUUCAUCAUCAAAAUGAAGGAUCUGGUAACAAGUCUGCCAAGGCCCUUUGUCGUCAUUCUUAGAUACCUCUUUUCCUUUUUGAAUCAUCUCUCAGAAUUUUCAGAUGAGAAUAUGAUGGACCCCUACAAUUUAGCAAUUUGUUUUGGACCAACUUUGGUUCCUGUACCAGAAGACAAGGAUCAAGUGCAGUAUCAGAACCAAGUUAAUGAACUGAUAAAGAACAUCAUCCUGUACUAUGAAGAUAUAUUCCCUCCCACUAGUUCAAUACCUGGUCCAAUGUAUGAAAAGUUCAUCACAAGAGAACCUGACGAUAAUGAUGUUGGUGAUUCCCCAUCAGACCAUGCACAAGAAGAUGUUGAUUCAGAGGUGUAUCCAUCAGAAGAUGAAUGUGAAUCUCUUGAAGCAACAGCACAGUUUGACUUCCUAGCAAGAUCAGAGAGGGAGCUAAGUUUUAAGAAAGGAGAUCACUUGCAGCUCUUUACUCAAGUCUCAAAUGAUUGGUGGCGAGGAAGAGGAGCUCGGGGUGUGGAAGGCCUUAUACCCGACAAGUACAUACUUCUGAAGAUAAAGGAUGAAGAACGAGAUAAAUUAGAAUUACUCAAGUCAAGCUCCUCAGAUGAAUCUAUGAGAAGAAGAGCAUCAAGCUCGAAUGACUCUGUACUUUCAGGAGCCUCUGGCUCUACACAAAACGACUCUCCACUGCUGGGUUCAGGCAGCAGUGCUACAUGGCCUGCACUGGGGGUACUUGGUGGACUUGGAGGUCGCUCUCCCACUUCCCUGGUCGUUUGUGACCCUCCACCACCACCUCUCCUAUCUCCAACAGCAGAGCCUGUCGACUCAACCAUGCACAAGUCGGCCAGCUGCACCAGCCUGGACUCGGGAAAGGAGUCGGCGUGCGACGACCAGCUGUCGCGUCCCGACCACCUCCACCACCUCUCGGACCACGGGCACGGGGCGGAGAAGGACAAGCUGACGCUGUGCUUGAAGGAGAGCGCGCUCUCGCCGCACUCGCCUGACAGCGGUGCCAGUGGUUCCAGCGAGUCGCCCCCGACCGAGGCCGCCGCCGUGAGCGUGAUCCUCGCUCUGUCGCACUCGCAGGCCCAACCCCAACCCCAACCUCAACCGGAGCCUCGAACCGACCCCGAACCUGAACCCGCACAACCCGAACCUCAGCUCGAGGCUCAGCCGCCAUCACAGCCCCCACCCCAAGUCCAGCCCCAACCUCAACCUGAGGCCCUUUUCCAGGCCAGCCUGCGGCCUGCCUCGCAUACUGAAUCCUCCUUGCCCUUAUCAGGACUGAAACGCUCUCACCAUUCCAUAGACGAGGCUCUGUCUUCGGCACAGUGUGUAGCCACUGCAGUUCUGUCUGGCAACGAUAUCGCAGACAAGAAUAAGAAUGCUCCUGUUGUCAGAAAUCAAGUAGCUGCCCUCGAGGUCGAACAGUAUUCUAGGAGUAGUUCACUUGAGGGUGUUUGUGAUUUACGUCAAAAACAGACACCAGACUUGGUGCUUGACCUGCCACUUCGACUCAACUCUAGUUCAAACGGUCACAGUGCGUCUGUUGCUGAAGAGAAAGAUCUUGAUUCACACGCGAUUCCAAGUCCUACAGGUCCAGAGAGUCCUGAUAUGACUACAGCUGCAGAACGUUUUGCAAAGCAAAAUCAGUGUACCUUGAAGAAGAACACAAAAGCUUCUCAAAGUUUAGGCUCUCCACUGGAGAGUAAGUCUAGCUCUACAUCUCACAGUUCCCCACGACAUUCAAAGUCUGUUGACUGCCAGAGUGAGAAAGAUGUAAAAUCCGGUGUAUUUUGUUUAACAAAACAAUCUUCAGCUUCAGCUGCUAUUCCUAGUGACACUGACAAAAAGCCUCUUGGAUCCUCUUUCAAACCACCUCUCAAAGCAAAGCCACAAAUCAUGAAAAAACCUCUCAUCCCUGUGUCUACGGUACCAGUGCCUCCCAAUCCGGUGUCAAAAGAUUCUGAUCAUACUUCAUCGGCACCAGAAAGUGCCAGUUAAGCAUGUUCAGUUAGUUUUCUAAUUUGGCAUUCUAAGCAGUCCUUUAUAGUGUGUAUUAUUUAACUAAGUAGGCUAUUCCAAUCAAAUAUAGAUUUUAUUCCAUUUUGCAUGUGUGCACAUAAUGCAUAGAAAUUUCAGUGUUCAACUUUUAUUUUGUAAAAGAAUUUUGAACUAAUUUUUAUCCAUUAGGUUUUGAGACUGAUUUUUUUGUAUAGUGUAUGAGAACUCAUUUCAUAACUUAAUUUGGUUAGAUUUUUUUUACUUCUCUUGUCUUAAAACUUAAUUGAGAAUGUGAAAGCAGGGCAAUAAUGAAGGGGAUGCCUGAUUUGUCUGAGGUGUGUUUAUUCGACUGCACCAAACCUAAGUUAAUAAUGAAGAGCGUUAUUUCGGGCCCCUUUUACAGCAAUGCUUUGUUUUGUUGAAAUGUUGUACUAUUUUUGCAGUUUUGCUGCAUUUUACCUCUGUUUAAAAUGCAAUUAAGUUGUACUUUAACUUUUCUUUGAAUUGUUUUUAUGGAAUCUUUUGAUCAUGAGCUUGCGACAAAUUGUACUAAUGUAGGUCGUUCUAUGCCUCUAUUUUCACAUGUAACAAUUGUGUUGUUUGAAAAUUGUUAAAAAGGUUGGUAGUUUUGAUUACAGAUUCCUUUUAUGUUCAUCUUUGAAUGAUAGGUUUUUCUGAUAUGGUGUGCUACAUGUUGUGAGUUCAGCUGAUUUGGACCAUGGUAAAUCUUCAAAUGUAAACUCUUAAGGAAGAGAAACAGAAUUUAAAUCAGGUGUGAAAAUUAGUUCAUCACCUGUUUUGAGAGAAUUCACUUGAGUUGAUCAUAUGACUUUCCUUGUUAAUAUCUCAGAGUGCAUUUUUGCUAAUGUGCUCAAUGAACAAUAAAUUUGUGAUGAAGGGACCUUAUGCAAACAUUUCUGGCUUUGCAUCCAGUUGGCAUCCAGAGGAGUGAUUCUGCCUCGAUUCUGCCCUCUUUAUGUAUGUUAAUUGUAACAAUGGUUGUAAUGGAAACCUGUUUUGACUUUGUUUUAACAACAAAUCUAAUGUGUACAGAAAAGAUAUGUAUUUAUGGGCUAGAGAAAGGUCAUAAUGGUCCACGUUUUGGAAUGUAUUAUUUUUCUCUGAAUGAAUAUUCCUAAAUUAAUGCGGUCAUAUUGCUUAGAUUAACAUUUUAUUACUUUCACAAGACUGACUUCAUGAUGUAGAAAGUGAGAAUAAUUUUGAUUUGUAUGUAUCGAGUUAAGUAUUUUCAAUGUUGUGAAAGUCACACGUUUUUUGUUGUUGUUUGAAAAAAUAUUAUUGUGAUUGAUACUAGUUUUCAUUUGUGAUUGCAUGUAUACCACUUACUUAUGUAAUGGUUGUAUUGUUCAAACAUAUACUUUCAUGUACAGUACUAAUGCUUAUGAUACCUGGGUUUUCUGAAUGUUAAUGUAGCUUUCAGCUGGUUGAGUACUGGCAUUACUUUGAUACUUUGUCCGUCGUUACUCAAAGUUUUGCUCAUCAUAAACCAAAGAGACGAAGGCAUGUGAUAUCAUCCGUUAUGAAUGUGAAAUUGUUUGUGAAAUUCAGCCCUAAUCAAAUUAUCAAUACAAAUGUGCAAUAGCAAUUUAUUUUACUUUCGACUUAUUUUUUUCAAAUAUUUCAUGCCUCUCUACUUUUAUUAUUGUGAUAUUUGUUGCGUGCAUUUCAGAACCAGCAGAACUGAUAAAACUUGAAUUAUACCAGUUGUUUGCUAGGGUGUUCAAGGCAGACCACUAAAAUGAUCACCAAGCUCAUACAUUCAAGACAGUUCAAUUUGUAUUCCUCUUGAUUUUACUGGCCUGUCCGUCCGGUCGUGGUUCUGUUCAUGGACUAAAUUGAUUGAAUAAAAAAUUGAAAGACUUGUAUACAUGUA